ACGUCCAUGUGCACAUGUAUGUCGUUUAACAGAGUCAUUGUUUGUAUGCGGAUACAUUAGUCUGAGUGCACUUUGACCUGCUAGCCUAGCCUGCUGCUUAGCUUAGCUUGUUAGCUGCUAACAAAGAGAGGCGGAAGUGAUCGACACAUCAAAGCAGAGAUCCAAUACGUCUGUGAAGAACAUCUUCAUCCUGAGCAACAGCAGUGGAGCUUCAGGAUGGAGCCACAGCCCUCCCACAUUAAGAAGGAAGAGGAAUACCCACUGAUCUCCCAUUUUAAAGAAGAAGAGGAGGACCCACUGACCCAUUACUUUAAAGAGGAAGCGGUGGACCCACUGAGCCCUCACAUUAAAGAGGAAGAGGAGGAACACAGCAUCAGUCAGGAAGGAGAUCAUAUUGAAGGACUGGUGGAGUUCCCAGUGACUGGUGUCCCUGUGAAGAGUGAAGAUGAUGAGGUCAAAGGUGAGAGUGAGGAGAAGAGAGAGGCGGAGCCUCCAAGCAGCAGCUCAACACAACACAUGACAACAGAAGCUGAUGGAGACCACUGUGGAGGAUCACAAGCAGACAAGAUCUUAGCUCCACUAUCAGAUAGUGAGGACACAACGUCACACUCUCCUGACACUGAUGAUGAACACUCUAAAGAUGAUGCAACAUGUCACACUGACAACACUCACUUCACAUGUUCUCACUGUCACAAAACUUUUAAAUACCAUAGUUCGCUGAAAAGACACAUGAGAACACACACUGGAGAAAAACCUUUAAUCUGUUCAAUCUGUGGUAAAGGUUUUAUACAAUGGCAAUCUUUCAAAAAACACUUGAGAACACACACUGCCAACCGCUAA